AUGACGUCAGCUCAGUGGCGCCAGGACUGCGAGGAGGACGUGACGCUCCCCUCGGGGGGAAACUCGGCGCGGCGAGACGGGAACGGGGAAGACUUCGGCAACCGAUCCGCCCGGCACGCGCACGACAGCCACACCACGACACCCGCACGACAGCCGCACCACCACAGCACGCACCACGACAGCCACACCACGACAGCCGCACCACGACAACCACACCACGACAACCGCACCACGACAGCCGCACCACGACAACCACACCACGACAGUACGCACCACGACAGCCACACCACGACAGUACGCACCACGACAGCCACACCACGACAGUACGCACCACGACAACCGCACCACGACAGCACGCACCACCACAACCGCACCACCACAGCACGCACCACCACAACCGCACCACGACAGCCACACCACGACAGCCACACCACCACAACCGCACCACCACAGCACGCACCACGACAGCCACACCACCACAGCACGCACCACCACAACCGCACCACGACAACCGCACCACGACAGCCGCACCACGACAACCACACCACGACAGUACGCACCACGACAGCCACACCACGACAGUACGCACCACGACAGCCACACCACGACAGUACGCACCACGACAACCGCACCACGACAGCCACACCACCACAACCGCACCACGACAACCGCACCACGACAGCCACACCACCACAGCCACACCACGACAACCACACCACCACAGCACGCACCACUACAGUACGCACCACGACAGCCACACCACGACAACCACACCACAACAGCACGCACCACCACAACCGCACCACGACAACCGCACCACGACAGCCGCACCACGACAACCACACCACGACAGCCGCACCACGACAGCCGCACCACGACAGUACGCACCACGACAGCCACACCACGACAACCACACCACGACAGCCGCACCACGACAGUACGCACCACGACAGCCACACCACGACAGACAAACCCGCGUUUUCCAGUGACAUGCCGUCGUGA